UGUUAUUGUUGUUGAAGGUGAACGUGAAGCCCGAGUUUUUCUGCCGGCAUUUCAGGAUCAGCUUCAGUCCCAAGACAACAAACUCAGUCCUGAGUCCUGAGUCCUGACUGCAAAACAAACAAACAAACAAACAAAACAAACAAAAAAACCCUCCAAGUAGUCUGAAUUUCAACUGAUUCAACAUCAACAAGGACAGAAGCUCCAUCUUCUCUCUGACUCUCUGAAACUGCCAUGGAGAAGGAAGAGCGUUGGAAGGUGAAGUUCAGGAACGUGGCUCAGACGUAUUUCCCUCAAACCAGAGUGGAAUGUCGCUAUACGCUGACCCGUGAACACAACUGGAGCUGCCGUGACUGGAUCGGGCUCUUCAAGGUCGGCUGGACGUCCGUGAGAGAUUAUCACACUUACAUUUGGGCUCUUGCUCCUGAAGAUUACUCACUGGGCAAAGACGUAAACUGCAGCAUCCUCUUCCACCCGUCUUAUCUGCCGAGCCCCGGCCCUGCAGCGUACCAGUUUGUGUAUGUAGACGAGCUGGGUGAGAUUUGUGCAGUAAGUCCUCAGUUCACCUUCAGCGCUCCGAAACCUCUGGAUGAACUGGUGACUCUGGAAGAGGAGAGAAACGGAGAGGAGGAAAACGAAGGAGAAGACUUGCUGCUUGUUGUGCCAAGAGCUCAGAUACUGCAGAGCCACCUGGAAGCCUGUCAGAAAGAACUGUCGCUGUUGCAGAAGAAGCUCGGAGCGUCCAGCAUGGAACUGGAGAAACACACAGAGAGAAUCGAAAUGGAAAGGAAAGACUUCGAAAUGGAAAGAGCGGAGAUGAGGAACGAGAUCAAAGACCUGAGAGAACGACUGAGAUGCAGCAUCGAGACGAUCGAAAGAAUGGAGGACAAACAAAAGGAUGUGUUAAAGUCUCAUGAAAACAUUUCAGUGGAGUUUAGCAGCUUGUUAACAGAAAGAGCCGAAAAUCAGCAGCGAAUUAAAGACCUGGAGGAGGAUGUGAGCAGCUUAGUGCAACAGAAACAAGACACCGAGGCUGAGUUAGAGAGGAUGAAAGAGAGAAUAAAAAAGCUGACGACGCAAAGGAAGGAUGAGGAGGACGAGAGGAGGAAAUUACAGAUGGAGGGUAAACAUUGUCGUGAGGAGAUGCGGGUUCUUCAGGAGCGUCUGGAGAACAGCGAGCGCAGUGCAGAGGCGUUACGGCGAAACCUGAGUGAACUCGGAGCGCUGCAGAACCAGAACCAGGCCGAGCUUCACCAGAUCCGACUGCAGGCGGCUCAAAUGGCGCUGCAGCUCUCACAGGCCAACCUGAGCCUCCGAGAAGGACAAGCGGCGUGGGCUAAAGAACGAGAGAACCUGAGGAAGAAUGCAGAGCUGGAUAAGGAACAAGUCCAAAAACUGAGUCAUGAGCUGCAGAAGAAGGAAGAAUGGCUCCAGGAAGAACGAACAGAGCGAGAGAAACUGGAGCUGGAGCUUGGGAACGAGAAAGCAUGCAACCGAGUAAACAAACCUGAGCUUCGUGCGAGUGUCCGAGCCAUGCAGAAGGAGCGAGAGCAGCUGCAGCUGGAGAAACAGGAGCUUCUGGAUCAUAUCCGAGUGUUCCGGCUGCGCAUGGAGAGGGAGCGGGACGCUGCGUGGGCUGAAGCGGCUUCCGGCAGCAGGAUUGUGGUGAACAGUGACGGCGCAGCAGCGACUCUGCAGAAAUCUGACAGUAAGGAAGCUGAGAGACUGAAUCUGCUCCAGACGGAGGAACCUGAGGAGAACAAACCCACGGAGCAGGAGACACACAGCACACACACGGAUGUGGGAGAGAGCUGGGAGAGUGAACCACAGACUCCAUCUGAGAUCAAAGAGAAUGCAUGGAGGGUUUGUGUGUUUUCUCUGCAGUGAGUUUGCUGAUGCCCCCUUGUGGUGAGAUGCGGCAAUGACACACACGAAAACACACACACAGGAAAACCUGAUGCUGCUAGUUAAUAUCUGCAACAACACAUCAUGUGCUUGAGAGGAGUGUAACGUGUCAAAAACAGAAUUGUGCAAGCCUACUCUGUGUGUGUGUGUGUGUGUGUGUGUGUGUGUGUGUGAUUUAUAGUGUGAAUGUGUGUGCUAUUUAUUUUCUGAAUGUGUGUGUGUGAGGUUUUUACUCAGUGAAUAAAACGUUCUGAAUUUAUUCUGACAUUAUAAAUCCAAUCAAACCCAAAUUUCGCUGCACAUUAAGAUGUAAUCGGUUAUCAGAUUACUGUAGCGCAGAAUAAUCCACUAACUAGUUCAUUGGCAUAGAAUCAGUUUAUAAUCAGUCGCGGUGUGAAGAUCAGGUGAUUUGGAUCGAUGCAUUAAUUUAAAACUGAUUCGAGGCUACAAUCAGAAUUAAAUUAUUAUUAAAAAAAGAACAAAGGCUGAACUGGUGUGUAAAAAUUCCUAUAUUUAAACUGAUGUGUAAAUAAUUUAACAGACUAGCAAGCUGAUUUGUCCGUAAACUUAAAAUAUUCCUUCUGUUCAUCAUCGUAGCAGAUUCACUGUAGCUGAGUUAUCGUUAAAUAUUGAACCUUUGCCUUAUGAACUGAAUCGUAUGGAAUGAAGUCUGAGGUUUACACUCCUAAUAAUUACUGCCUGAACACACUAACCAAGAGGUUUAUAAAUCCUUUUCUUUGUGAAUGAAAUUGUCAAUAAAAUGGUUUAUUUAUUGA